CUGACAGUUUGUCUGUUGUCCUUCACAGGUAACCGUUUCUUCCUGACGUCAUUCGGCGCUCUGUAUAUCUCAGAAGUGCAGAAGGAAGAUGCUCUUUCCACCUACCGCUGCAUCACAAAGCACAAGUACAGUGGAGAGACUCGUCAGAGCAAUGGAGCCAGGCUCUCUGUUAUGGACCCUACGGAGUCCACCCCGUCUGAGCUGGACAGUUUCCAAUCCGGUGAGGUGCAGGUGGGGCACAGUGUAGAGCUGCCGUGCAUCGCCUCCGGAUAUCCUAACCCCACCAUCCGAUGGCUGAAGGAUGGUCGGCCAUUACCAGCUGACUCCCGCUGGACACGGCGCAUCACUGGUCUCACCAUUUCCGACUUGAGACUUGAAGACAGUGGCAACUACAUUUGUGAGGUCAUCAACAGCUUUGGCUCCAAAGAGGUGACAGGUCACCUCAACAUCAUAGAGCCACUGCGCGUUACCCUGUCUCCCAAGAACCUGAAGACAGGAAUAAGCAGCACCGUCAUACUGUCUUGUGCAGUCCAAGGUUCCCCCCAUUUUACAGUGUCCUGGUACCGCAACACAGAACCUGUCCUGCCCGAUCAGCACUUUUCCAUCCAAGGAGCUCACAAUGAGACUCUGUUUAUUUCUGCUGCACAAAAGAGACACUCUGGAGCCUACCAGUGCUUUGCCACGCGAAAAGGCCAGACUGCCCAGGAUUUCUCCAUCAUACUGUUAGAAGAUGGGACACCCCGUAUUGUUGCCUCCUUCAGUGAAAGAGUGGUGGUCCCAGGUGAGCCGUUUUCCCUGAUGUGCGCCGCUAAAGGAGCACCUCCGCCCACCAUCACCUGGACCCUGGACGAUGAGCCUGUGGCCAGGGACCUGUCGCGCGUCAGAGCCAGUCAGUUCACGCUCUCCGAUGGCAGCACCGUGAGCCACGUCAACGUCAGCAGCCCACAGAUUCGAGAUGGAGGAGUGUAUCGGUGCGCCGCACGAAACUCGGCUGGUAGUGCCGAGUACCAAGCGCGCAUAAACGUAAGAGGCCCGCCAAGGAUUCGGCCUAUGAAGAAUAUCACUGCAGUGGCAGGAAGAAACAGUUUCAUAAGCUGCCGUGUAAUUGGGUACCCUUACUAUUCAAUCAACUGGUACAAGGAGGGACUUCUGCUUCCAGACAACCAUCGCCAGGGGGUGUUUGAGAACGGGACCCUAAAGCUCAGCGAUGUUCAGAAGGGGAUGGACGAGGGGGCCUAUGUCUGCAGCGUGCUGAUCCAACCCCAGCUAUUCAUCACACAGACGGUUUACGUCACUGUCAAAGUGCCCCCACUGAUCCAACCGUUUGACUUUCCCCCAACGUCCAUCGGAAAACUGAUGUACAUCGCCUGCGUGGUGUCGUCUGGAGACAAGCCCAUACGCAUCACGUGGCGCAAGGAUGGCCAGGAGAUUGUCCCCUCUUCAGGGAUCACCAUUGACACAAAGGAGUUCAUGAGCUCCCUCCAGAUAACCAUGGUGUCACUCAAACACAAUGGCAACUACACUUGCAUUGCAAGCAAUGAUGCUGCCACUGUCAGCACGGAGAGGCAGCUCACCGUUACAGUACCUCCUCGGUUUGUUGUACAGCCCAACAACCAGGAUGGGAUCUAUGGAAAAGCAGCGAUCCUGAACUGUUCUGUUGAUGGAUAUCCCCCUCCUAAGGUUAUGUGGAAGCAUGCCAAAAGUGCACUAGUUGGUAUUGGAAACCCACAGCAGUACCACCCUGUGCCUCUGACAGGGCGUAUUCAGAUCAUGGGGAAUGGCUCUCUACUGAUAAGACAUGUCUUGGAAGAGGAUCGUGGCCUUUACCUCUGCCAGGCUUCCAACGGGGUGGGCUCAGACAUCAGCAAAAGUAUGAUCCUCACAGUUAAGAUCCCAGCAAUGAUCACCAGUCACCCCAACACUACUAUGGCUAAGAAGGGUCAUGUGAAGGAGCUGAACUGCACAGCAAGGGGAGAAUGGCCCAUCAUCAUCCGAUGGGAAAGAGGCGACACGGUCAUUGACCCUGACCGAAACCCCCGUUACUCCAUAACCACUAGUCCCAAUGAAAAGACAGAUGAGGUGCUGUCCACACUCAAGCUAAAGCCAGCAGAGCGUGAGGAUUCAGUCUUCUUCUCUUGUCAUGCUAUCAACUCUUACGGAGAGGGGCGCGGCCUUAUCCAGCUAACCGUGCAAGAGCCUCCAGACCCUCCAGAACUGGAGGUGCGAGAAGUAAAAGAUCGUAGUAUGAAUCUCAGGUGGACUCAGAGGUUUGAUGGAAACAGCGUUAUUUCUUCCUAUGAUAUUGAAUAUAAAAACAAAACAGAUUCCUGGGAACUUAAGCAUGCAACCCGAAACAUCUCUCCUACAAACAAUCAGGCCAACAUAGUGGACCUACACCCUGCCUCUGUGUACAGCAUUCGCAUGUACUCUUACAAUGUAAUUGGCAAGAGUGAGGCCAGCAAGGAGCUUACAAUAAGUACAGAGGAAGCGCAGCCUGAUGGGCCGCCAAUGGAGGUAAUCCUUCAGCCAGUGACCUCUCAGAGUAUCAGAGUCACAUGGAAGGCUCCAAGGAAGGAGCUGCAGAAUGGAGUGAUCCGAGGUUACCAGAUUGGUUACCGAGAGAAUGGCCCAGGCAGCAAUGGUCAGUACAGCAUUGUGGAGAUGAAGGCCACUGGAGACAGUGAGGUCUACACCCUGGACAAUUUGAAGAAGUUUGCCCAGUAUGGUGUGGUGGUCCAGGCCUUCAACAGAGCUGGUACUGGGCCUUCAAGCACAGAGAUCAAUGCUACCACACUAGAAGAUGUUCCCAGUCAGCCUCCUCAGAAUGUGCGAGCUAUCUCUGUUACAUCUGAUGAGGCAGUGAUCACAUGGGCAGAGCCUCCAAGAAUGACUCUGCAUGGGGUUCUGAAGGGAUAUCGUGUCGUGUUUUGGGCUGUCUUUCCAGAUGGAGAGUGGGGUGAAAUGCAAAAUAUCACGACCAUCAAGGAGCAGGUGGAGCUCAGAGGCCUAGAGAAAUUCACCAACUACAGCAUCCAGGUCCUGGCCUUCACACAGGCAGGGGACGGCGUCCGGAGCAAUGUUUUAUACAUCCAGACUCGUGAAGACUACCCUGGACCCCCAGCUGGCAUAAAAGCUGUGCCCUCCUCCGCCAGCAGUGUCGUAGUGUCGUGGUUACCUCCUCACAAGCCAAAUGGAAUCAUCCGCAAGUACACCAUCUAUUGCUCCAGCCCUGGCUCAGGCCAACCGUUGCCAAGUGAAUACGAAGCCAAUCCAGAGCUACUAUUUUACCGAAUUACCCACCUCAACCACCGGCAGCAGUACUUGAUCUGGGCAGCUGCUGUUACCACUGCAGGCCGCGGUAACUUCAGCGACAAAGUCACUGUGGAGCCAGCUGCCAAGGCGCCAGCUAAAAUCCUGUCAUUUGGGGGUACGGUGACUACGCCUUGGAUGAAAGAGGUGCGCCUCCCCUGUAGCUCAGUAGGUGAACCCACCCCCACCAUAAAAUGGACCAAAGACAGUGAGGACACAGCUAUCCCAGUGUCUCUCGAUGGACAGCGCCUCAUUAUGGCCAAUGGGACAUUAGUGCUGCGCUCUGUCAAAGCUGAGGACUCGGGUUAUUACACUUGCACAGCCACCAACACUCUGGGCUUUGAUACCAUUAUAGUCAACCUUUUGGUCCAAGUCCCUCCAGACCAACCUCGUCUAACCGUCUCCACCACCUCGACCUCCUCCAUUACUCUUGCGUGGAUUCCGGGUGAUAAUGGAGGAAGCUCCAUCAGAGGUUUUGUGCUGCAGUACUCUGUUGACAAUACAGAGGAAUGGAAAGAUGUUUUCAUCAGUUCUACUGAGCGCUCCUUCAAACUAGACAAUCUCCGUUGUGGGACCUGGUAUAAAGUCAAAUUGGCUGCCAAGAACAGCGUUGGUGCCGGACGCAUCAGCGAGAUCAUUGAAGCAAAGACUCACGGCCGAGAACCUCAGUUUAACAAAGAUCAGCCUGUCUUCACCCACAUCAACUCCAGCCACGCCCGCCUCAAUCUCCAGGGAUGGGCCAGUGGAGGCUGUCCAAUCACUGCCGUCACACUGGAGUUCAGACCAAAAGGAACGUGGGCCUGGCAGACUGUGCGCACCAAUGCUACCAACGACGUGUUUCUCGCUGAACUCCGUGAGGCCACUUGGUAUGAACUGAAGAUGAAAGCAUGUAACAGUGCUGGCUGUGGCAACCAGAGCUCCCAGUUUGCAACACUGGACUACGAUGGCAGUACCAUUCCCCCCAUUAAAUCCCCUCUUGAAAAGAAUGACGACGUCAAGAAGCUGUUCUCUAUUGGUUGUCCUGUGAUUCUGGUCACUCUGGGAGUUGCACUCCUCUUCAUCAUUCGCAGGAAACGCAAAGAAAAGAGGCUGAAACGACUAAGAGAUGCUAAAAGCCUUGCAGAGAUGCUUAUCAGUAAAAACAACCGCAGCUUUGACACACCAGUUAAAGGACCUCCUCAGGGACCACGGUUACACAUCGACAUCCCCAGAGUGCAGUUGCUAAUUGAGGAUAAAGAAGGCAUCAAGCAAAUUGGUGAUGACAAAGCUACUAUCCCUGUGACAGACACAGAGUUCAACCAAACUGGGAAUCCUCAAAGCUUCUGCACUGGUGUGUCUGUUCAUCACCCUGCCCUCAUCCAGAACACCGGUCCGUUAAUAGACAUGUCUGACAUUCGACCAGGAACUAACCCGGUGUCGAGAAAGAGUGUCAAGUCAGCUCAUAGUAUCAGGAACCGUUAUUCCAGUCAGUGGACACUUACCAAGUGUCAAGCUUCCACGCCAGCCCGCACUCUCACGUCAGACUGGCGCACAGUUGGCUCCCAGCAUGGCAUCACGGUCACAGAGAGUGACAGCUAUAGUGCCAGCCUCUCACAGGACACAGACAAGGGGCGGAACAGCAUGGUGUCGACGGAGAGUGCCUCCUCUACCUAUGAGGAGUUAGCGAGAGCCUAUGAGCAUGCCAAGCUGGAGGAGCACUUGCAACACGCCAAGUUUGAGAUUACAGAGUGUUUCAUCUCCGACAGCUCAUCCGAUCAAAUGACCACAGGUACCAAUGACAAUGCUGACAGCAUGACAUCAAUGAGCACACCAUCAGAGCCUGGUAUCUGCCGUUUCACUGCCUCACCACCCAAGCCCCAAGAUUAUGACCGUGGCAAGAAUGUAGCCGUGCCCAUUCCACACCGCGCCAAGAGUGACUACUGCAACCUACCCCUAUACAUGAAGUCAGAUCCCUUUUUCCGGAAGCGGUCAGAACAUCAUGACCCAUGUCCAGUGGUUCCACCUCGUGAAGCCUCUAUCCGUGGCCUGGCCCAACGGGCUUACCACACCCAGGGCCGCCACGUGACUAUGGACUCUGCGAAACAGCAGGCGCUGACGAUGGGCCACUCUGGUCUGUCCAACCUCACGUCCUCGGGGGCUUCCUCUGGAGGAGCGACGGGGGGCGGUGGUGGAGGUAGUGGGGGAAGUGGAGGCUUGUCUGCCAGCUCCAGCAGUUCCACCCUUCCACAGAGGACUCUCACCAUGCCUGGCUCCUCUGCCUCUGUGGCUCAGAGCGCCGCUGCCGCCGCAGCCGCUACCGCUGGAGCUUCAGGGUCAUCGUCCUCCUCCGGUGGCGGAGGGGCAGUGGGGGCCACAGGAGGGACCCCGGGCGGUGCCUCGUCUUCCUCCUCCAAGAUGGGCGGAUCCAGGGACUCUCUGCUGGAGAGCAGCUCCUCGGGCUUGGGCAGACUGCAGAAGCAGAGAGAUGGAGGUUCAGGGGCCUACUCCAAGUCCUACACACUGGUGUAGCCUGCCAUCACCGGGGCCUGUCACUGUAACUCUUAAUUAAAUGCUGGUCGAGCCAGCGCUUGCCUGGAGCCUCGAUCGUAAAUUGGGGUGAGAAACAAACACUUGCACAGCUCACCCAUCAGUGCCUGUGCUGUGCCAGGCUGCAGGGGCUUGUUGGGUUCCCACUGACACUAUUUUUUUUGGUGGAGGCCAGAGUUUGGCCUCCCUCAGCACAGGGGUUUGCCUUUCUUUCUGCCUGAUUGCUUUCUGGUUUUAUUGUGUCAUUACAUUCUCUUAUUUCAUCACCCUGGAAAUCACCUGCCAACACAUAAAUAAUUUCUCUGUCUACUUAGCGUUGUUCAAUUUCUGGAAAGGACACACAGUACUGAUGCACAAAACGCUUUCCAUGUGCACCAUCUUUGUUUUAUGAGCCACGACAGCCGUAAAAAUGAACCAGGUCGUUCAAGAUGGGGUGUUCAGGUUUUUAGAUUUUAAAGCUAUUAAUUUUCCAGUCUGAUGAAAAAUGAGCUCAUGUUACAGCAUUGUGCAAUGGCAGGAUGCUUUUUUCCGUAUGCAUAAACCACCAGCUUUGGCAUAACAGGCUGUGCGUGGUAACUCCAUCACGGCUUCAUACUUUGGAGGUAGGACUGUUGUCUCAAUACAAGCUCUGAGGUCAAUCUGAAACACGCCAUUGAUGAGAGAGCGUUGUGGGCCUUUCAUGAACUGACUCAAAGCAGAGCAGAUAGAAAAUUCAAGCAUCAUCGAGUGAAACAUGAAUCCAGAAUUAUACCAUCGUUUUUAACUUUAUUUUCAUAAAAUGAAAUCUCAUGUGCACUAAGAAAACGUUAGAAUGGAUCCGAGUAACAGAAACCUACACAAGCCUGCGUGCGUGUGUUUGUGUGUGUGCGCGCGAGUGUAUAUGUGUAAAUAUAAAUGUAUACAUGUGGCAGGCACACACCUUCAAUGGACCUUUGACAACGCGGGCAGAACGGAAACCCGAUGCCGAUUCUUUGUUUUGUACCACUAAGAGGGGAACAAAAGUGAUUAUGAUGAUAUUGGUUCUGCAGAUCUAACACUCUGAUCCUAAUUUGGUCCAACAUUUUGAUUCGUUUACUGUGCCUGACAACACAACAGACUAAAUGCAAAAGUACUGAUGAAAAAAGACCGCUCGUUAGAGUUCAAGAAGACAUAAGUUCCCCUUUUGGCCUCUUUAAUUUCGACAGAGCAAAGAAGGAAGAGACCCUUUUAUGGUUCAUCAUUGCGCAAAAAUACCACUUAUCCACUUAACUUUGUCCAUACUCACUUUCCAUCCUUUCCCACCUUCCCAGUCAUCCAGCCCCUCUUCAUAUCCAUACAGUGUCACUGUGAUCUAUUGCUAGCAUGUGGGCUUGUCAAAGACAGACACACAGACUGAGAGAAGAGGUCUAAUAUGCACAGAAAGACAGACUUGCUUUUUUACUGUUAGUGACAACUUGAAUGGAGCAACGAGUUGCAACCACUCAACACACUUAGAAGUAAACAAGGAAAAUAUUUGUAUGAUCUGGAGUUCAUGAGCAGAUGCUGAGAUUAUAGUUAUAGUGCUCAAUUGCUGGUAGGACUUGAAGGCAACAGCAGAGAGAAGAGUGGUCAAUAAACCUAAAAGAACUUUUGUCCCUCUACCGUUCUGUAUUCAUUUUAGCUUUAUACAUGGUACUGUAUGUAUUAUCUUUCUUUUGUUUGCUUUUGUUUUUCAUUUCUUCACCCAAAGCUUAAUCCCAUGACAAAGAUCUUUCCAAAAAAGAGUCACUCCAAAAGUUUUGCAACGGUAAAACGUAACAUCAGGGCUCUUGCAAUAGAACUAAGAAAAAAGAUAUCAUAUAUGUUUGUUUUCAAAAGUAUGUACAUAUAUAUUUCUAUUCAAAUAUAUAGCAAAUAUAUGAAUAUUGAAAAAUGCAGAGAAAUAUAAAAGCCGUUCUAAAAUAUAUAUGAAAAAAAGAUCACAAGACAAUCGCUUAGUGACGAAUCACAAGGGAGAAAGCAAAAAGUGAAGAGUGAAUAAUAAACGGGUAGCACAAACAAACAGAAGUUCUUUGAGAGACGGAAAGUAGUGUGAAAGUUGCUGUUAAUGAGGGAACUGAGGUUUUAGUGAAUAAUACAUCUAUACCCUUGUGAUUUUGUAAAGGAAAAGCACAGUAAAGUGAAAUUACAGUGUGAGAUUGUGUCGCUGAUGAACUGUGGUCUGUGGCAGAACGUGUGGCAUUGAAAAAGAAAACAGUAAAAGAAGGACAGCCUAUACAGUAAUUGAGCCUCUUGUGUUAUGUUGUUUUGUUCCCUUCUAAAGGUUUGUUCACAAACUCAGUGCCAUUGCAAGAUCAAUGAACAGGAAAAAAAAAAAGUAUUUCUAUUCCUUAUCUGUGUCAUUUCAAGUCCUCUCCAAACUCCGGGACUGCAGGCCGAUGAACCGACUCCACACUGAAAAGUGCAGAAAACUGUAUUCAUGCUUAAUUUUUCUUUUAAAACUCAACAAGUGAGACGUGUGAUUUGCUUCCCAUUAAUCAUGGUUGCGAUGCCUUUCAUUUUGACCUUUAUGUUUCAAGUUAUGCAAAUACUUGUUCUCAGAGCUUGGGAAAAGGUUAAGCCUGUUUUUGACAUCCACAAACAGGAUCUGCCUUAUUCCUCGUGUAUGGAUACUUGGCUGGAGUGAUGAAAUAAACUUCUAACCAACCUGCCUUCCCCCGUUGUACAGUGAAGUUGAUCAAAGUAAAUGCAAUGUUUGUCUUUAAAGAAAACUCCAUCCUGUUUAUGAGCUCUGAGGAAUACUUCUGGAUUAAAAAGAUGAGAUUAAUUUUGUAAAUGCAUUUGUUCUCAAUUUGUACGUCUACAACAUGCAUAGCACUGCUAAAGUACUUUGGUGAGUGAAAUAGCAGAUUUCUUUUAAGUUAAAUUACCACAAUACACCAGCUCUCAGCUACAUAAACUCAAAAGGAUUUUGCAGCUGUUCACUAAUCUUUCAUAGCUAUAUCAACUUUUGUUCUUCAAAUCUCUGCAGUAAAUCUGUUGAGUAACACAGUGUGUCAGACUAAAAAAAAAAAGGUUGCAGAAUUUUUAUUUAUCCCCAUGUUACUUGGCAAUUUUCCAAUAUUGUGAUUGUUCAUAUUGUGUAACAGAUUUUGGGUGGAUUUUUCCUUAAAAUACAACAUAAUUUCAAAUUGACUUCUGUGUGUGUGAAACAAACUUCCCAAAUUCCACUUUCCCAUCCUUUGUCACAUCUGCCAGCCUAUCAGUAACUUCUCAGCCUCCUCUGUACCGUUUUGACCACCUUUAUAUUAUUAUUUCUACACUAUAAAGGAAGACUUGUGUACAUAAGGAGGUGUUUUGUAUAAAUGAUGACUAUUUUCGCCAUCUUCACUAAAAAACAGGGCACAAUGUAAACUUUGAAUUAAAUUAAUGUGAUGAGGAAUGAAAAACUAUAGAAAUAUACCGAUAAUUACUUUAUGCUGAUUUUUGGACCAGUUUAAACAUGUCAGAGUGGACCAUAGUUAAUCGUUUUAUUCAGUUUUUUUUACUGAGCUUUUGGUUGCAUAUACUUUUUUUUUCUAUUACGGUACUUAAUUUCCUCUUUUGUUCCACUUUUUGAGGGAGGGGGCAGCAGCUUUGCAUGUUAAGAAAAUUUUGCUGGUUAUAAAAGAAAACAAGGAAAUGUGAAUUGAACUAUAUAAAAAGGGACGUGGUCUGAUGAAAAAUGUUUUUUUCAAACGUAGUGGGAAUUCCGUAAACAUUUAUGGGAAAAUGUUGCUUCAAUUUGCAAUUGCUUGUGUUUCUCUCUAGAUUUUCUUUUCUAUAAAAACAAACAAAAACAGGAAAAAGAGUAUUCAACACCUUGUGCAAUAAA